UUGGGGAUCUCGUCACACCGGUUUGGUGGGAGGACGUUUGGCUGAAGGAGGGAUUUGCGCAUUACUUCGAGUACAUCGGGACUGAUUUCCUCUUUCCAAAGUGGAACAUGGAGAAGCAGAGGUUUCUGACUGAUGUUCUUCAUGAGGUGAUGUUACUGGACGGUUUGGCCAGUUCUCAUCCCAUCUCUCAGGAAGUGUUCGAAGCCACAGACAUCGACAGAGUGUUUGACUGGAUCGCGUACAAGAAGGGAGCCGCUCUGAUCCGAAUGCUGGCUAACGUCAUGGGACAGCCGCUAUUCCAGAGAGGCCUCAAUGAUUACUUGAUGACGCACAUGUACGGAAAUGCGGCGAGAGACGACUUGUGGAACAAAUUCUCCGAGGUGAGAUUUUAUGCAUCUUCUGGGUGUGAGACCUCCAUCCAUGAGCAGGAAUCAUUGCUGGGGUCAGUCAGUGUUGAGCGGCGAGUGAAAUUGUGUUUGUUCAACCUACUUUAA